GAGCCCCGGGUCUGAGCAGCGGGUGGCGGGCCUGGCGGGGCCAUGACCUCCGUGUGGAAGCGCCUGCAGCGCGUGGGCAAGCGGGCCGCCAAGUUCCAGUUUGUGGCCUGUUACCACGAGCUGGUGGUGGAGUGCACCAAGAAAUGGCAACCAGAUAAGCUGGUGGUGGUGUGGACACGGCGGAACCGGAGAAUCUGCUCCAAGGCCCACAGCUGGCAGCCGGGCAUCCAGAACCCAUACCGGGGCAGCGUGGUGUGGAUGGUCCCUGAGAACGUGGACAUCUCCGUGACCCUCUACAGGGACCCCCACGUGGACCGGUACGAGGCUAAAGAGUGGACGUUUAUCAUCGAGAAUGAGUCCAAGGGUCAGCGGAAGGUGCUGGCCACGGUGGACGUGGACCUGGCCCGCCACGCGGGGCCCGUGCCUGCCCAAGUCCCGCUGCGGCUGCGGCUGAAACCCAAGUCGGUGAAGGUGGUGCACGCCGAGCUGAGCCUCACGCUCUCGGGGGUGCUGCUGCGGGAGGGCCGUGCCACGGACGACGACAUGCAGAGCCUGGCCAGCCUCAUGAGCGUGAAGCCCAGCGACGUGGGCAACUUGGACGACUUUGCCGAGAGUGACGAGGAGGAGGCUAAUGGCGCGGGGGCCCCUGACGCCCGGGCUCGUGUGCCCCAGCCAGAUCCCUCUCGGGAACUGCAGACACUUUGCGAGGAGGAGGAGGAGGGUCGAGCAAGGCCCUGGCAGGCAGCUGCCAGCCCUUCUAGUGCUGAGGAGACCAGCCCAGCCUCUGUGAGUGCCCCAGCGCUGCCAGCCAGGGCCUCCCGGGGCCAAGGGUCAGAGCCAGCUACUGUAGCGGGGGGCCAGGUGGGGCCUCAGGCCCCCAGGCCCCCAGGAACCCCACCGGAGACAAGGUCUUCAAGACAGCUGGGUCAGGAUGUGGCCCCCACCCCGGCCCCCCGGCUCCGGAAAGGCUCUGAUGCCCCCGGGCUCCCAGCCCCCCAAGGGAAACACGAGGCUGCAGAAACCUCAGGGGCUCCCGCUGCAACAGCGGGUCCUACUAAGGCGACCCAGGACCGGGCAAGCCCUCAGGAAGGAACCGAGACCCACGGAGCAGGGCAGAGCCCAGGCGCUGAGGACCGAGGCUCCAGAGACUUUCAGGGGGAGCAGACACCCAAGGCUGAGGAGGGAGACACGGGGGACAGACCGGAGCUUAGUGGAGUAGACGCUGAGCAUGGGCCAGAGGUCAGGGAGGGGUGCACUGAGUGUCCGGAGGUCAGAGCUGGGGGCGCUGAACAGAAUUCAGAAGUUAGCCUAAAGGGUGCCGAGCAGAGCUCAAAGGUGAGACCUGUGGGCACUAAGGGGCCAGCGGCUCCAGGGGUAACAUGUGAAGCAAGAGCCAAGGGGAUUCCUGAGGCUCCUCCAAGGGGUCCAAGGGGCUCUCAGGGAAAGAUGGGGGUCAGGACCAGGGACGGGGCUCCCAUAAUCCUGGGCCCACCCCCAGCAGAGCCUGCAGGGCACUCUGGGCAUCUUGGUGACAUCAAAGGGACCAGGGCUGCUGCAGGCCAGGAGGGAGAGAGUGCAGAGGUGAGGGGCAGAGCCCCUGGUAUCGGGGGGACAGGCCUGGAGCAGGUCCCCUCUGUUGGAGAAGCAGAUGCCGGGCCCCAGGUGAGCAGGUCUCAGGGGCCGCCCUCAGCAGUUGGCCAGGGGGCAAUAUCUAGUGGUCUGGGAAUUUGGGGGGUAGGAACUGGGGAUUUGAAGCUCCUGGGAACAGAGACUGUGGAGGCAGAGGUAUUGGUGGCCCAGGAGACAGAAGUGCUGAUGUUCCCAGAGAUAGAGACUAGGACAGCAGAAGCUGAGAUACUGAGGGCCCAGAAGACACAGGCAGAAAGGUCAGGGCUCCUGGGGUCAGAGGGUGCUGGGAUAGCAGAGUCUGAGGGACUGAGGACCCUGAAAACAGAGGCUGGGGGCUCAGGAGUUCUGGGGACAGAGACUAGGAUGGCAGUGAGUGAGAUAUCUGGGCCCCGGGUGAUAUCUGGGGACUCAGGGAUACUGAGGGGAGAAGCUAAGAUAGCAGAAUCUGAAAUACUGGGGGUCCAGGAGACAGAAGUAGGCAGUUCUGGGGUGCCAGGGAGAGAGGCUGAGAUAUCAGGAACCCAGAAGACAGAGGGGAGGGGUUCAAGGACAGCAGGGAUGAAAUCUGAGGCAGCAGGCGUCCAGGAAACACAGGUAGCGGGUUCCAGGGUUCCAGGAUUUGAGACAGCAGACAAUGAGAUAUUGGGGACCCAGAAGAUAGCAGCUGAGGGUUCAGUGGCCCCAGGGAUAGAAGCUGAGACAGCAGGAGCCCAGGAGACGAAGGUGAGGGAUCUGGGAGUCUCCGAGCCGGAGGUUGGAGUCACAGAGGCUGAGAGAUUGGGGACUCAGCAGACAGAAACUACACUCUUUAAGGUUAUGACUUUGGGGGCCCAGAAAGCAGAGUCUGAACCCUGGGGGACCCUCAAAUAUGGGGGUUUCGCUAAGCAUGGAGUUUUAGGAUCCCAAGAAACAGAGGCGGAAACUACAGUUUUGAAGGUACAGGAGGCAGAGGCUGGUAUUUUAGGGGGUUCAGAGGCCAAAUCUGGGAUUUGGGGGGCCCAACAAGCAGAGGUAGAGCUCUUAGGGCCUCCAGAGAACCAAUCUGAUAUUUCUGAGGCCCAGAAAACAGAGGCUGCUGUCUCAGAAAUCGAGAAGGGAAAAGCAGUGGAGGGAAACCUCCAAGAGUCCAGCCGAAUUGAGGCGCAGGCGACCAAGGGGUCAGGGGCUGGGGUGCCCAGGCCCUCGGGGGCCUCUUCCCCAGAGGAGCCUGAAGAGGACAGAAGGCUCCCGGGCAGCCAGGCGCCAGCUUCCCUGGUCAGCUCCAGCCAGUCCCUGCUGGAGUGGUGCCAGGAGGUCACCGCUGGCUACCGUGGCGUCCGGGUCACCAACUUCACCACAUCCUGGCGAAACGGUCUGGCGUUCUGUGCCAUCCUGCACCGAUUCUACCCAGAGAAGAUUGACUUCGCCUCCCUGAACCCUCUCAACAUCAAGCAGAACAACAAGCAGGCCUUCGACGGCUUCGCGGCCCUGGGCGUGUCGCGGCUGCUGGAGCCGGCGGACAUGGUGCUGCUGUCCGUGCCCGACAAGCUCAUCGUCAUGACGUACCUGUGCCAGAUCCGCGCCUUCUGCACCGGCCAGGAGCUGCAGCUGGUGCAGCUGGAAGGCGGCGGCGCGGCCGGCACCUACCGCGUGGCGAGCGCCCAGCCCGGCCUGGCCGAGGACCUGGACGCCGGCGACCUGGCGCAGCGGCUGCGGGAGCACCGGGCGGAGGAGCCCGAGCUGCCCAAGGAGGCCGCGAGCCGCGCGGACGGGCCGGCCCCCGAGGCCCCCUCCAGGGACCCCGCGCCCGAGGCCGCCCAGGACGCACGCCCCGCCGAGGCCCCCGCCGAGGCCCCCGGAGCCCAGGCCUCCGCGACCCCGGCCGAGGGGCUGGUGAACGGGGCGCCGGGCUCCGGGGGCGGCGUGAGACUGCGGCGGCCGUCGGCGAACGGGGAGGCCGCGCCGGUGCCCCCGCCGCGCGCGCACGGCUGCUUCUCCCACGUGCGCGACGCCGACCUGCUCAAGAAGAGGCGCUCGCGGCUGCGGAACAGCAACUCCUUCUCCGCCGACGACCCCGACGCCGGAGCCUGCCCCGCGGAAGGCCUGAGCUCUGACCCCAGCCCUGCCCCUGGCCUACCCACUGUCACAACCCCACCGCUGCCCCCUGGUGGAAGUUCCCCCUCGGAGGAGCCACCCCCUAGCCCAGGGGAGGAGGCUCGGCUGCAACGCUUCCAGGACACCAGUCAGUACGUGUGCGCGGAGCUGCAGGCCCUGGAGCAGGAGCAGCGGCAGAUCGACGGGCGGGCUGCUGAGGUGGAGAAACAGCUAAGGAGUCUCAUGGAGUCAGGUGCCAACAGACUGCAGGAGGAGGUGCUGAUCCAGGAGUGGUUCACACUGGUCAACAAGAAGAACGCGCUCAUCCGGCGGCAGGACCAGCUGCAGCUGCUCAUCGAGGAGCAGGACCUGGAGCGGAGGUUUGAGCUGCUGAGCCGGGAGCUGCGGGCCAUGCUGGCCACGGAAGACUGGCUGAAAACGGCCGCGCAGCAGCACCGGGAGCAGCUCCUGCUGGACGAGCUGGUGUCGCUGGUGAACCAGCGCGACGAGCUGGUCCGGGACCUGGACCACAAGGAGCGCAUCGCCCUGGAGGAGGACGAGCGCCUGGAACGCGGCCUGGAGCAGCGGCGGCGCAAGCUGAGCCGGCAGCUGAGCCGGCGCGAGCGCUGCGCGCUGAGCUGA